CAAUCCCCUCCCAGUUCUCCGAGAUAUAAAAGCAUAGGGGACACAAACAAGCAUACAAGAGCUAGCACAAAAGUUGAUCAAAUGGCACAACCUAAUCUCAAUGAGACGAGCUCAUCAAAUUUUCACAUAGCCAUGUUCCCAUGGUUUGCAAUGGGACACUCCAUCCCUUUCCUUCACCUCUCUAACGAGCUCGCAGCAAGAGGCCAUAGAAUCUCUUUCUUGCUGCCCAAAAAAGCUCAAAUUCAGCUUCAACAUCUCAACCUCCACCCACACCUCAUUGCCUUUUGUUCAGUCAUUGUUCCUCACAUUGAAGGCCUCCCUGAGGGCACUGAGACUGCCUCUGACAUCCCAACAUCUUCGACCCCCUUGCUAGCGACUGCCAUGGACCGCACCCGUCAGCAAAUACAAGGCUUCCUAGUAAGUUGUGGUGCCAAUGAUCGUAAAGUCGACAUGAUUUUCUAUGACUUUGCUCAUUGGGUACCAGAAAUUACAAGAGGGCUUGGAAUUAAGUGCAUUAACUACGGUGUUGCUUGUGCUGCGAUAACUGCGAUGGCUAUUGUGCCAGCACGAAACGUGCCCAAAGAUAGGCCUGUGACUGAGGAAGAUCUACGAGACCCACCUCCUGGGUACCCAUCAUCAACUGUGGUAAUGCUUCCUGGUCGUGAAGUCCAGUCCUUGAUGUUCAUUACGAUGCCAUAUGGAGAUGGGAUCACUUUUUAUGAGCGGCUCAUGACCGCUAAGAAAGGAUGUGACGUGAUGUGCAUCAGAACAUGCAGAGAAGUGGAAGGUGUUUUUUGCGAUUACCUGGAAGCACAGUAUAAAAAGCCUGUGCUUUUAACUGGCCCUAUUUUGGGCGUAAUGGACUCUAAUAAUAGAACAAACAAGAAGAGUGAACAAUUAGAAGACAUCUGGGCUAAUUGGUUUUCUGGGUUUGAACCAGAAUCUGUGGUGUUUUGUGGAUUUGGAAGCCAGUGGGUGCUUGAAAAGGACCAAUUUCAAGAGCUUGUGUUAGGGUUUGAACUAACUGGGCUGCCAUUUUUCGUAGCUCUAAAACCACCUGUGGGUUGUGCUACAAUUGAAGAGGCAUUGCCACAAGGGUUUGAAGAAAGAGUUAAAGGGAGAGGGGUGGUGUUUGGUGGUUGGGUGCAACAGAUAUUGAUUUUGAGCCACCCAUCAGUUGGGUGCUUUGUGAGCCAUUGUGGCUUUGGGGCAUUGUGGGAGUCUUUGAUGAGUAAAAAUCAGAUUGUGCUGGUUCCACACGGUGCUGACCAUAUAUUAAACACCAAGAUACUGGUUAAAGAUCUCAAAGUUGCUGUGGAGGUAGAGAGAAAAGAAAAUGGAUGGUUUUCAAAAGAGAGCUUGAGCAAAACCAUUACAACCGUUAUGGAUAAGGACAAUGAAGUGGGUGUUAUGGUGAAGAAGAACCAUGCAAAGUGGAGGGAAACACUGUCAACUCCCGGGUUUAUGGAUGGCUAUAUUGACAGGUUUGUUCAGAAGCUGAAAGAGCUUGUAAAUUAAUUUUUAACUAGUCUCGUUGUUGCUUUCUUCCUCCUUGUAUUGAGUUGUCUUAUAUUUUAGUGUGUUCAAUUUUACGAAUAUUGUUGGAUGGAGCUCAAUUUGAUACAUGAUCGACGAUCUUUCAAUCUGAACGUAAAAUAUUGAAGGUCAGAUCACAUCUUGAAGGUCACACAAGUGAUUCAUUUCUUUUUUAAGAAAGUGGGAUUUGUACUUGUGCACCACACAUAUAUGAAUCUUUUUUGGUUAAACCACAACCACACAUA